CUGACAUAAAUAAAGUGGGGGCAGUGCAAGGCUGAGCUUCUUCUUCGGUUCGUGCUGGUCCAAGUGGCUUCAUGAGCAUUUCACCACUGCGUUUCAGGAAUUAUGGAACUAUGGGCGUCUGGCUUCAACGCGUGGGGUCAACUUGAUUUCGAAGAGGUGCCUGGAAUUGGUCAUCGUGAUCUGAAGGAGUUUAAGUGCAUUCUGACAGACAAACGCAUCGAAAUUGUUCGUACCACACUGUCAGCCACUCUAGUAAAGACCUCGGCGGGCUUGCGCACAGCUGGAUGCUUCGACGACCUCAUUGAGCAUUGCAUUUCUAAACAGGACAACUUAUCAAACCUGGCUAUAGCAGGCAACGAUAUAGUUGUAUGCCAGUCUUGUUCUGAGCAAGAUCCAGGAAGACCAGCCUCUGAGAAUACACCAGCAGCAGAUCCGAUAAACGCAAACGAAAGUGUUCUGAAGCAAUACAAAUCGUUCGAUUCCUACCUCAAUGACCAUGGCGAGAAGCUUCGUCAAUGUGGAGGCAGUCUCCAGGUAGUAGCAAAUCAGUGUACGUUUACAUUGCUCACUAGUGAUGGUCAAGUGUGGACUUGGGGAGAUGGAAGAUAUGAAGCUUGUCUUGGACGAGAGAUAUCGGAUGAGAGACCAGCAGCAACGCCUUGCACUGUGGAAGAUCUAUCAGAUGUUCCCAACGGACCAAUAAGAAAGAUCUCUUCUGGCGGAUAUGUGACGGCUGCGUUGACAAAUGGUAAUGAUCUCUACGUAUGGGGUGGCCGACCAGGACAGUCAAAGUUGCUGGAGGAUCUGACAGGAGCGCCGAUGCCACUUGAUCUAGAGGGAGAAGAUGUGCUUGAUGUUGCCGUUGGUGUGAAUCAUAUGCUGAUUCUGACUACUGAGCGGAAGCUAUUUGUCGUCGGCGAAGGUAGUAAUGGGCAGCUGGGCUUGGAUGAAAAGGAGGUUCCGACUUGGAAACAGGUUAUCCUGCCUUUAAAGGAUAGUCAGCGGAUCGCUAGCGUUCAUGCAGGAUAUAAGAAUAGUCUGGUGAUAGUCGAAGAAAUCACAUAGGAACCUGACAAUCC